GAAGAAUUUGAAACAUGGCGUAAAACCAUAGAUUGUAUUGAGUUUUGGCGUAAUCAACGACGCGCCCAAGCUUUAACAGAAGCAAAUGACAACUGCUCAGAGGCUGCGAACUAUCUUUUGAUUUCCAAUUCUCAAGAGUUCAAGUCAUCCAAGGCGAAGUAUCGCGCUUGA